AUGACUGAUCUAAAACAGAAUGCACCAGUAGAGAAGAUCAUGCUGGAAGAACUAGCUGUAUCAUUGGAGUCUACGAUUUUUGAACUACUAAGAAAAAUGCUGAUUGAAAAUUAUGAAACGAAAAACAACGACAGCAACAACAACAACAGCAACAAGAAGAAGGAGAAGCAGGAAAAGAAGGAGAGGAAGGAGAAAAAACAGAAGGAGAAAGAAGAGAAGGAAAAGGAGAAAGAGAAGGAAAAAGAGAAAGAGAAGGAAAAGGAGAAAGAGAAGAAGGCUAAAGAGGAGGCUCCUAAGGAGAUCGAAGUGGUUGAUCCGGCAGGUAACACCUACUACUACUGGCUGUUUAUUAUCACCAUCCCCGUCAUGUACAACUGGACCCUGAUCAUAGCCAGGGCAUGUUUUGAGGAGCUACAGACGGACUAUCUUGUCUGGUGGUUCAUCCUGGACUUUAUCUCUGACCUCACCUACAUCGCUGACAUGAUCUUCAGAACAAGGACCGGUUACCUGGAGCAGGGUCUACUGGUGAAGGAUGAGCAGAAACUGCGCGAGCGCUACAUUAAAAGCUUCCAGUUCAAACUGGACCUGAUCUCCAUGAUUCCCACCGACGUGAUGUACCUCGUAAUCGGCAUCACCUACCCCGAGAUCCGCCUCAACAAGCUCUUCAGGUUCAACAGGAUGCUGGAGUUCUUCCAGAGGACGGAGACCAGGACUAACUACCCCAACGCUCUCCGUAUCUCCAACCUCGUCAUGUACAUCGUCAUCAUCAUCCACUGGAAUGCCUGCCUCUACUACUCCUUCUCCAAGGCCAUCGGUUUUGGUUCCGACAGGUUUGUGUACCCUGACCCGGCAGAUCCAGAGUUUGGUCGUCUGGUGAGGAAGUACGCCUACAGUAUGUACUGGUCCACGCUGACGCUCACCACCAUUGGAGAAACUCCGCCCCCCGUUGAGAACUCCGAGUACUUCUUUGUCGUCACUGACUUCCUGGUGGGCGUGUUGAUCUUUGCCACCAUCGUCGGUAACGUUGGUUCGAUGAUCACCAACAUGAACGCUGCCAGAGCCGACUUCCAGGCUCGCAUCGACGCCAUCAAACAGUACAUGAGCUUCCGAAAGGUAACUAAGGACCUGGAGAAGCGAGUGAUCAAGUGGUUUGACUUCCUGUGGACCAAUAAGAAAGCAGUGGAUGAGAGGGAGGUGUUGAAGUACCUGCCUGACAAACUGAGAGCCGAGAUUGCCAUCAACGUCCACCUGGACACCCUCAAGAAGGUUCGUAUCUUUGCAGACUGCGAGGCCGGUCUGUUGGUGGAGCUGGUGCUGAAGCUGCAACCUCAAGUCUACAGUCCAGGAGAUUACAUCUGUAAGAAAGGCGACAUUGGCAGAGAGAUGUACAUCAUCAAGGAGGGAAAACUCGCUGUUGUUGCUGACGACGGUAUCACGCAGUUUGUCGUCCUGAGUGACGGAAGCUACUUUGGCGAGAUCAGCAUCCUGGCUAUUAAAGGCAGUAAGGCAGGAAACAGGAGGACAGCCAACAUCAGGAGCAUCGGUUACUCCGACCUCUUCUGUCUUUCCAAAGACGACCUGAUGGAGGCGCUAACAGAGUAUCCUGAUGCUAAAGCUCUGUUGGAGGAGAAGGGAAGGCAGAUUCUGAUGAAGGAUGGACUGCUGGACCUGGAGGUGGCAGCGCAGGGCCCCGAUCCCAAAGAGAUCGAGGAGAAGGUGGAGAAGAUGACGAGCACGCUGGACGUCCUGCAGACGCGUUACGCCCGCCUGCUGGCCGAGCACGAAGCCACUCACAGCAAACUCAAACACCGAGUCACCAGGCUGGAGAGGAAGCUGGUACCACCGCCACGGGCCGACCAGCCGGGAGAUGCUCCGCCCCCGUCAACACCUGAGCCACAGACAACUAAAGAAGAAGAAGAGAAGAAGUAGGGUGAAGAGGAGCAGCAGAUGUUAGAUUUUAGACACUGGGUUAGCCAGAAGGGUGGGGAACAUGUUCUGACAUUAUAUUGGAUGAAACUCAA